UUGGAGCUUAAGGAAGAGUCAAUCGGAGAUCAGAUAAAUAAUAGGGUUUCACAGAAACCCUAGAACCUUGAGAGCGACUACCAGGAACCUAGCUAAAACAAAGAUCAGAGAAGAACGUUUUCGAAAGAGAUCGGAUUAAAUUGAGAGAGAUGGCGUCUUCAAACUCUCCAUGCUCAGCUUGCAAGUUCCUGAGGAGAAAAUGCACACGAGAAUGUGUAUUCGCACCACACUUCCCACCAGACCAACCUAACAAGUUCUCAUGCGUUCACAAAGCUUUCGGAGCAAGUAACGUCGCUAAGCUUCUCAGCGAACUACCCUUAAACCAAAGAGAAGACGCUGUUACCUCUCUUGUCUACGAAGCCGAAACUAGAAUCCAAGAGCCGGUUUACGGUUGCGUCGGUUUAAUCUCACUCCAACAACAACGGCUCAAACAGAUUCAACGCGAUACUGACGUGGCCAGGAGAGAACUCGCGACUUACAUCGGUCCUGAAGCUAUGUUUCCUAUUCUCCAACCGCAGCAGCCGCAUUUCAUGCCGCAAUCGCAAACGCAACAGCCGCAGUUCGUGCCGGAAACGCUGCAGACGGUGUUCAUGCCGCAAACGCAGGAGACGCAUUUCACGCCGCAAACGCAUCAGACGCAAUUCAUCCCCCAAACGCAGAAAUUCAUGCCGGAAACGCAGCAACCGUCUUCUUCUUCUUCAGUGUCUGCUGAGCUGACUCAGCAACAGCAUCAUGAUCCAUCGAUGAUGGUUAUUCCGACUGCACAACUGUAUCAUCUGCAGCAACAGCAACAGUUUUUUGAGUUUCAGCAACCAGAAGCGGUUGCUGGAGAGCAACAUAGUGAAAUGUUAAGAGCGUAUGGGGAAGGAGGAAGUAGCAGUUCACAUCAACAUCAUCAAAACCAACCUCAGGCUCAUGUUUUGAGGUUUAAUGAUGGUUUUGACUCUGUACCGACCGGUUCUGUUACAUCAACCGGGUUUAAUCAAUUGACGCCCAGUGGUACAACCGUAACCGGCGUGUCACACUCUUUGGCUCUUGGUGGUGGUACCUAUGAUAUUGAGGCUCGGUUAUUCAUGCCUACGCAAUCUUCUCAACAGCGGCCGCUUCAAACGCAGGAGACGCAGACGAGUUCAGAGAGCGACGAGGAGGGUAGCUAGGAGUACCAUUGGUUCAUCUCGGUAAUUAGUAAAAGAAGAAAGAAGUAGAGAGCAGAGGAAACGGCCUUUAAUCUUCUCGCUUACUCAAAAACCUCAA